AUGACAGAAUUUGAGAACAAAUCCUUAGCUGCAAGCCCCAUCAAAGCGUUGUGUUGGUUCCGUAAGGUAGAUGACACAUUCGUAGCACUAAACAAGACUGACAACCGCCAGUCCCUACUUGACCACCUCAACACCCAAAACAACAGGAUACAGUUCACCAUGGAACAAGAAUGCGACAAAACCAUACCGUUUCUGGAUGUACUUAUCAGCAAGAGGAACGACAAACUCCUCACUUCAGUAUACCGCAAACCCACACACUCAGGCCAAUACGUGAAUUACCCAUCUAACCAACCUAAUCGGAUCAAGAGAGGAAUAAUAUCUACCCUAACAAAACGAGCCAUACAGAUAUCCAGCAUCAACCUCCAAGAAGAAAUAAAUCACCUCAAAACAGCCUUCACCCCACCCAAAACCGCCACCCAUUGGUGGGAGACUACUGGGUCAUUGCGCCGCGCUGGCGGGCUAACCCCCUCGGCCACGGAGGCCCCACAUAUAUAA